CAGGUGCAUUUAUUAGAGACAAGUCUUAUCUGUCUAUCUGUUAUUUUUUUGGAAGAAAACAUUAUACAAAAUUUAUAAUGGCUUUGCUGAAUAAUAUAACGGAAUGGUUCACAUCUGAAACGUCUAGGAACAAAAAUUCAGCCCUGGCGGCAGGAUUACUGUUCUUCACGGGGUGGUGGAUAUUAAUCGAUGCGAUGGCUGGAGAUUCCCAUUUUCAAAUAACGACUGGACAUGUAUUUAUAGGCAUUUUCGGUACCAUCAGCUUCUGCAUGAUCAACACGGUCAAAGGCGAACAUAUUUCUGAAGAUAACACAUCGGAGUCGGGCGCGAGGAUCGCUAAAAUAUGGUUACUCAUUGGCUUUGUGAUUGGAUUCGCGUCAAUUAUUGCCGCCAUUUGGGUAAUGGUCGAUGACUUUGUCAACAAUGAGAAAAAGGAUACAAGUUUGGGCGUAGCGUUGCUUCUACAAAAUGUCUUCAUACUGUUUGGCAGCCUGGUGUACAAGUUUGGCAGGAACGAGGAGGAUUGGAAUGAGUAAAGCGUCGGGAUUGUGACGUGCUGCUUUUAGAAAACAAUAUAAACACACACAUAAUUGUAUUUCAUGUAGAUUACUCCAAGAAUUGUGGCGGUGGUUAAGCUACCCCCAUCGUCAUUGCAAUAUGCGUUUAAAAACACAAACAAAUAAUCUCAUUAAUAUUAAACGACGAGUCACUCGCA